GUUGUGACGUCACGCGGCCCUGGGGAGAGGAGUUCGAGCCGAGCGCGGACACCCACACGGACACCACCAUCAUCACCUCCACCACCAUCAUCAUCAUCGUCAUGUCCCGGCGCCUCGUGGAGAUCUUCUACGACGUCGUGUCGCCAUACUCGUGGCUGGGCUUCGAGAUCCUGUGCAGGUACAGGAACGUGUGGAACAUCGAUGUCCGCCUGCGGCCAGCCUUCCUGGGCGGCAUCAUGGCAGCCUCGGGCAACAAGCCACCGGGUUUGGUGCCCAACAAGGCGCGGUACAUGACCAAGGACCUGGAACGUCUCAAGGAUUACUUCCAACUGCCCAUUGUCUUUCCAAAGAAUCCUGCUGAAGCCAUGUUCGAGAAAGGCUCGCUGGCAGCCCAGCGGUUUCUCACGGCCGUGGACAUGGAGUGCCCUGCUCAACUGGAGGAGGCCUCCCGGCAGCUGUGGAUGCGCAUUUGGUCACGGGAUGAAGACAUCACCUUACCUGAGAGUAUUGCAGCUGCCGCCGCACGGGCUGGGCUACAGGCAGAGCUCGUCCAGAAGCUGCUCGCCAUGGCGACGUCACAGCCGGUGAAGGACCGGCUGAAGAGCACAACCGAAGAUCUCAUGCAGCACGCGGCAUUUGGGAUGCCCGCCAUCGUGGCGCACGUGGACGGCAAGCAGCACCUCUACUUCGGCUCUGACCGCUUUGAGCUGCUCGCGCACCUGCUGGGAGAAAAAUGGUAUGGACCACUUCCCUCCCAAGCCAAGUUGUGAAGUCCGAUCUAAUCUUUUGACAGCAGCCUAAGGUUACGUAUCAGGCCUGUCAUCUCACACGUAAUGAACCACUAAGCUAAAUGAACACGAUUGCCCAUGAAAGCUAAUUACUGUUUGAGAUUUCCUGCUACUAUUUUAAAGCAGAUUUUCAGAUGCCUUUAAUAUUUUACAUUAUGUGAAUGAAUGCUGUGAUGUUUGUCUAAUAAAGCGUGGAUGAGUAUCAUUA